AUGGCCGCGGUAUUAUUUAUUGUGACCAUACCCACCGAGGCCGAGGAACAGCGUCUGAAACAGGAAAUAUUAGCCCAUAAAUAUGAUGCGAAAUCGGAAAAGGCCGAAACAGCCACCCUUGCUGGUGGUAUUUCCCUGAAAAGUGCCACUGGAGUUAUGGCACCCAGUCGGACACCCUCAACGGCUGUCUUGACACAAACACCCACGGGUACUAGGAAAACAAAUGGCAGCAGUGAAACGGCCACAGGGGAUAGUGCAAGUGUUUCCAUUGCCCUGGAACAACAACAGACGAUGUCUAUGAAAUCCGAUAAUAAUACCAAUGCCACUGCCAGCGAUGAUCCCAACUCGACCCCAAAUCAAUUUGGUACAUUUCCCAAACGUCGGCGAAAAUCGGAAUAUCUUAUCAAGACCCAUGGGGAGGGUAGUUCACUGAAAUCCAAUGGCAUUGGUGGUAGUUUGAAAAGUAUUAAUAAAAUACAUACUCCAAGUUUCCUCAAAGAAAGACUUGCCUCUGGCCAGGAUAGUUCAACGACAACAAAAUCAAAAUCCAGCAAAAAGAAAGAACCCUCCGCAGAUACGGCCUUGACCUAUGACACAUGCAUGGAAACGGUGUUGAGGGUCAUACUCAAACGUUGUCAAAUAUCCAAUGCCAUGUGGGCAAAGGAUGAAAAUGGUCGCAUGUAUCAGGUCUCUUUCACUGUCGAAUUCAAUGAAACCUAUGAAAAAAUAUUGGACGAUUUCAAUGAAUGGGGUAUUGGCGAUCGUGAGGGUUCAUCCGUUUCGGUUAUGAAUUGUAUUGCCUCCAAGGCAUUUUCAACAAAAGACGAAGAUGAUGAAGAUAAUGACGAUAAUGCUGACAAUUUCGACAAAAAACAAAGCGCCUGGGAGCGUUUUAUGAAUUCCGUCCGUAGUCGUUUAAAUGUAACACAAAUUGUACGAAAUGUACGCGAGGAUGCAUCAAUUACAUUUGAUUUUGUAGUAUUAUUGAUCUCAGCGGCGGUCCUAGCCGCUUUCGGUUUAAUCGAGAAUAGCACCAUAUUCUUGGCAUCUAGUAUGUUAGUAUCACCGUUAAUGGGUCCCAUUAUUGCCACCAUCUUCGGUACAGUCAUUAAGGAUAAGUCACUGUUCCGUUUGGGUAUGGUCAAUGAAUUGUUUGGUAUUUGUGCUGCGGUAUUGGUCGGUUUUGUAUUCGGUAUUAUUGUCUGUACCACCGAUGAACGUUAUAGCAUUGGUGAAGGUCUAACCGCUGAAAUUCUAUCGAGAUGUGAAUUACAUUCCUUGAUUGUGGGUGUAUUUACGGCGAUACCAUCGGGUGCAGCGGCUGCUAUUGGUAUAUUGGGUGGUAAUAUCGGAUCAUUGGUUGGUGUGGCAAUUUCAGCUUCGUUGUUGCCACCUGCAGUUAAUUCGGGUCUCCUUUGGGCCAUAGCCUUAAUCUAUAAAUGCUAUGAAAACGAUGAAACUAAAUUCCCACAGGUGGUGAAGACCACACAAUAUUCGGAAAAUCAAGCCAAUGAAUUGGCUGUCUUGGCCACAAUCAGUAUGUGCCUGACCAUUUCGAAUAUUCUCUGCAUUUAUGUUAUGGGCAUUGUGGUAUUGAAACUAAAAGAAAUCGCACCGAUUUCCGGAAAUAAUCGUGAAUUUUGGAAACAUGAUAUUAAAAUUGCCCGUCACCUUAAACGUCGUCGUCUCGAUAGCGAUAAUGUUAUUAUGGAUGAAUAUGCUCACCUGCCGCAAGAGGAUCAAAAAGCCUUGGGUAUUAAUUAUGAUAUAUUGAGAACGAUACAAAUGGAUGAUGCUGCCUAUCAGCAUACAUGGUCGCCGGUCGGUACUCGUCAUCCCUUCGAGACAUCAUAUGAACCGAUGCGUGGUAAUUAUUCGACGGUACAUCAAAUCGAUCAACUGUAUGCGACCAUAACGCAUCAGACAACGAUGAAGGAGAAAAUGCAUAGAUUUGGUUUGGGUCGCCGACCCACUGGACGCAUGGUGGAUUUUGCAUCGUCCUAUAAACUGCUAAGUGAAAAUCUACCCCGUUCCCGUUGCUCAACAAUGCCCUCCAAGGUUAAUCCACCCACCGUUAAAAUUGUUACACCCGACUCCUCAAAAUUCAACUCCUGCACAAAUACACCAUCCAUGGCCGGAGAAAAGAACCGACGCAAAUUUAUUGUAACCCCAGCCGAAGAUGAUCCACUGCAACCAUUAAAUCCAUCGGAUGCGUAA